CUUCGUUCUAUGGGAUGGUAGAUAAUACCGUACAUAUAUAAUUUACCGAGAGUGGAGUUCGUUCAUGUUCCUACUGUCGGUCGAACCUCCUUCCUUGAAAAUAUGUAAAUACUCUGAAGGCGUGAUUCGUUCAUUUGUACAUUUUAGCUAUCUGUGAUAUUUUAAAAAUAAAGUAGUGAAAUGGGGCCGGCAAAGAAAGCAAACGUUCCUCUAGACGAAGCUUUAGCAAUAGCUGGGACAGGACUUUACACCGCCUACGUGAUCUUCGCCACAGGAUUUCUUCUCUUUGCUUCCAUGUUGAAUAUCGAGGCCAUGGCGAUGGUACUUCCGGCGGUAGGCUGUGACUUGAAGCUCACCAAUCCGCAAAAGGGGCUGCUGACUUCCAUAACUUUCACUGGUAUGGUAGUGGCCGGUCCAUUGGCUGGCUUCCUGUCGGAUGCCUAUGGGAGAAAAACGCUCUGCGCAAUCACACAGACUAUCAGCACAUGCCUCUUGCUAUUAAGCAGUAUUUCACCAAACUAUGAGACACUUAUGGUGAUAAACUUUAUUAAUGGAAUAGUACUGACUGGUUCCUUCACUCCGUCUUACGUCUUUGUUAGUGAAUUCAGUCCUAUGUCCAUUAGAGCAAAAGGUCUUAUCAUCGCUACAUGUAUUAGUUUAUUGUCAAAUAUUUUUCUUCCAGGUUUGGCAUGGCUGGUACUUCCAUUGGACAUAAAAUUUUCUAUUUUCGGAAUCAUCACUUUUACUUCUUGGAGGCUGUACCUGAUUAUUAUUAGCAUCCCUAUGUUUAUUUCUGUGGUAUGUUUUUGGAAGAUACCGGAGACACCAAAGUUUCUUCUGAAUCAAGGGGAUGCUGAAAAGACUUUGGAAAUUUUGAAAAUGAUCUACGCAGUGAAUAAUAAGAAGAAGAAGGAGGAUUAUCCUGUGCUUAACGUGAUAUUAGACUCAAGCGAUGAAGGUUAUGGCGAGUAUAAUGAAAUCACCAACCCUUUCCUGAAAUCAGUUAAGGAUAUGACUUCUAGAAGCCGACUUUUAUUUUCAAAAGAGUUCGUUUUGUGCACCUUCAUUUCUUGCGUUUUACUGUUUAGUCAAGUAGGAUCGUUUUACUCCUACAUGCUGUGGUUCCCUGAGCAACUGAGUAGGAUCAAAAGUUUUUCACUGACUCAUGAGGUAUACAACGUGACCCUCUGUGACCUCAUGUCAUCUAGGUAUGGUACCAUAGAAGUUUUAGAAGACUGCCAGCUCAAUUAUGAUUUCUUCUUCUACUGCAUCUUACUUGGUAUCGUUCAAGUGUUUUCCGCGCUUUUCGUCAGUAUCUAUGCGGACCGGUUAGGAAAGAAACUCCUUCUAGCUUGCUUACUGAUCUCGACUGGUGCUAUGACAGUUCUUGUAGUAUUUUUGCAGCAGGAAUAUCUUACAAUUGCAGCUUUAGCAUUUGCUAUAGUCGAUUCUUCCAUGGGAUUUCCAUUGAUAAUGGCGUUGAUAAUGGAAUUCUACCCGACUUACGUCAGGUCAACGGCUACUGCGGUGGCUAUCAUUUUCGGAAGAUUGGGAGCUGCUGCCGGAAGUCAGAUAAUGGGCGCACUCUUUGACAAUUAUUGCGAAAUCGCAUACUUCGGAGUAUGUGGAAUACUCAUAGCUUCUGGACUCAUGUGUCUUGUUCACCCUUCGAAGAGAAAAUGAUCUUUAAAAGAAGAGUGAAGUGGCGGAUACCUACUCAUAAGAAUCCGCUUUGAUAAGCUUUAUGUACAUAUUGCUUAUUAUUCCGGUGGCCACAGAAGAUAAGUUGAUAACUCGAAAAAGAUUUCAAAUGAUCAUCUUCCAAGCCUUCUUCACACAGUUGAUAAGUUCCUUAUAGACAGCUCCUCCGAUCUCUUCAAAGUGUAGAUGUUGAGUCACCUCCACUCUGGUUCAUCUGAUUCCUUCGCCAUGGAGAAGGCUUGUAAUAUAAUCAUAACAGACAUCACCAACAUUUUUUACGUAUCAACUUCCCUGCGGCCACCGACUUAAUGUGUGAUAUUUUUCAACUUCAUGUAUAUAAGAUUUAUUUAAUAAAAGAUAUUUAACUAUAUAUUUAUA